AUGGCCCCGGCCUUUAUGGUGUCGGCACCUGGCAAAGUCAUCGUCUUUGGAGAACACGCCGUGGUUCACAGCAAGGCUGCCUUGGCCGCUGCCAUCUCCCUCCGCUCCUACCUCCUUGUCACGACCCUCUCCAAAUCUCAGCGCACCGUUACCUUGAAUUUCCGCGAUCUGGGACUCAGCCAUACCUGGAAUAUCGAUGCCCUCCCUUGGGAUGUCUUCCAGCAGCCGUCCAAGAAGAAGUUCUACUACGAUCUUGUCACCGAGCUCGACCCCGAGCUGGUCGAGGCCAUUCAACCCCACGUCGGAGUCGUCUCCAAACAUCUCCCCGAAGAUCAGCGCAAAAUCCACAUCCGCUCCGCCUCGUCCUUCCUCUACCUCUUCCUCUCCCUGGGUUCCCCGCAAAGCCCAGGCGCCAUCUACACCCUUCGCUCCACCAUCCCCACCGGGGCCGGCCUGGGCAGCAGCGCCAGUGUAUGCGUCUGCCUGAGUGCCGCGCUCCUCCUUCAGAUUCGCACCCUUUCAGGCCCGCAUCCAGACCAGCCGAGCCAGGAGGCCGAGACCCAGAUCGAGCGCAUCAAUCGCUGGGCCUUUGUCGGCGAGCUUUGUAUUCAUGGAAACCCCAGCGGAGUGGACAACACGGUGUCCGCGGGCGGCAAGGCCUUGAUCUUCAAGCGCGCAGAUUACACCAAGCCGCCGACGGUCAUCUCGCUUCCCAAUUUCCCCGAAUUGCCCCUCCUCCUGGUUGACACGCGGCAAUCGCGCUCGACCCUGACCGAGGUUGCCAAGGUGGGCGAGCUGAAGAAGGCUCAUCCCGUGGUGACCGAGUCCAUUCUCGAUGCCAUUGACCAGGUCACCGGCUCUGCACAGCGUCUUCUCCAGGACCCCGAUUUCGUGGGUGACUCCGAGGAGACCCUCGAACACUUUGGCACCCUGAUCCGGAUCAACCAUGGUUUCCUCGUCUCUCUGGGUGUGUCGCACCCGCGCCUGGAACGGAUCCGCGAACUCGUUGACUACGCCAACAUUGGCUGGACUAAGUUGACCGGUGCCGGUGGUGGUGGUUGUGCAAUCACCCUCCUCCGACCGGACGCCAAGCCCGAGGUCGUUCGCGAUUUGGAGCAGAAACUGGCCACUGAGGGCUUUACCAAGUACGAGACUACACUCGGUGGUGAUGGUGUUGGCGUUCUGUAUCCUGCCGUGCUGCGUAAAGGCUCCGAUGAGGAGGGCGGCGUGGAGAUUGACCAGCAGAAAUUCGACACUGCCGAGGGGCCCGAGGGCAUUGAGCAAUUGGUGGGUGUUGGGUGCCACGAGCAGCACGAGGGAUGGAAGUUCUGGAAGCGCGCUACGCAAUGA